CUUUGGAGUUUAUGUAUGCGUAAGGCCACUCAUACAAGAGGCGGCCACUUCACACCUGUUGGGAAGUCGUACAGUGGCUCUUCGCAGGUCGUAGUCCUUUCAUCAUCAUCUCGUAACCUACUAGCUUCCGGGAAACAUUUUAAGUUAUUUUAACAGGGCCCUCAACAAUUUUUGGAUUCAUAGUCGAGGUGUUGUGUUAUUUCUUCUUUUUUCAAAAUAUGGAAUUUUUAUAAGGAUUUAAUCCGUAGUAGCCAGAAAAUGUCUGGGUUACCGAACCUCACACCAAUAAGAGUGGAGAAGGUCGCACCUCAAAUAACAGAAGUUUCUGAAGCUCAGAACAUAACAGUUGUGUCACGUUUAUCUCCUCGUAAAGGAAUUCAGUACACCCACCCAACUCAUAACUUUAUUGCUACCCCUCCUCGAGAUUCCGUUGUUUCAACUGGCUCUGUUGUUGUGAUUCGGCCAAUUAGCAAUGCUUCCACUCCAGUAAAUGUAACUGCUUCAGCUUCUUCAACAGGUCUAAAAAUUACUCCCAUUGUUCCGUUAAAAAUAUCAUCGAUUCAAUCUACGUCAAAUGUAUCUCGUUCGAAUUCCAUACCAACUCAAUUACGAAAUGCCUCGGUAUCAUCCCCUGCAAGGGCGAGCAACCUCAUUACUCAUUCUGUUCGUCCUCAAAAUGUUCAGUCAGGAAGUGUUGCACUUAAUGAAAUUCCUGAAAAAUUCAAAACAACUGAUGAAAAGCAAACGUCUCAACGUAAUGUUAUUAGAGAGAUGCAGGUCAGAGUUCCAAACAAGAAGGAUAAAAGAUUUAGUGUACUGCGUUUCCAUGCAGCUGACAGGCUUGAUUUGUCAUCAGCUCCUGAAGUUUUCAUGCAGCGUGAAAAUAAUCUGAAGGCUUAUCGGAGUUUGUACAAUACAACCGAAAUGCCAGACAGUGGUGCUGGUAGUGAAUUCGGCCGCGAAGCUAAAGAAGAAGCAAGAUUAAAAAAAUUUGGAGUUGUACGAGAGAGUUAUAAGCCAGAUGAUCAACCGUGGCUAAUGACGGUUGGGAAAGGCAAGGCUAAUCGUCGUCGUUUUAGAGGAGUUCGAGAAGGUAGUGUGUCAGAAAAUGUCGAAUAUUUUGUAUUUUGUCAGUGCAAAGAUGGUAAUUUCGAUGCUUAUCCGGUAAAUGCUUGGUACAAGAUGAAACCGGAAAUAAGUUAUCGUUUUCUUCGAGAAGAUGAAGCUGAAGCAGAAUAUAGCCGCCUACAUAAAACCCUCAACUUAUUUAACGUUAUGGUUAAACGGAAACUCACCGAUAACGUUAGCGACGAUGAAUCAAACAUGGACCGGGAAAUCUCGAAGGGUUUAAAAUUUCUAGCUUCUCUAGGAGACUCCAAUUCAAAUCAGCGAAAUUCAACAGAAGUAAAAACGAAGGAUCUGAAGCCUGAAAACUCUUUAAAGCUUACUGAUUUGGAAGAAUUGGACAGUGGUAGUGAGGCUGAUGAUGACGAUGAUGAAGAUGAUCUGGAUGAUGAUAAUCGCUUGAAAAAUCUGAACGCCGAUCCAACCAAAGCAGAAGAAGGCCCAAGUUCUAGUAAAGGGAAAGGUCUCUUGUUUCAAGAUCCUGAUGAUCGUAAUAAAGGUAGUUUACUAAAGACGUCCGAACGCACUCGCCUUGCUAAAAAGAAGCAGCGUGCAGUUGCUAUUGUUACAAAAAUGAGACGUGGUGUUAAAAGGCGUAAACGAAAAAUUAUUAACAUGGGCUCCUCAGAUGAAGAAGAUGAUCCAGACGAAGAAGCACAAGAUGAGAGUGAAUUAGACGAUCAUGAAGGAGACGAAGUAGAUUACAUGACUAAUUCAUCAUCAGAUGAAGAGAAAUUAUCUAGCGAAGAACGCGAGAAAAUAUAUGAAGAAACUGGGGUUGAUGAGGAACUCGCCCUGAAAACCCUACUUACUGACAUCAGUAGUGAAGAAGAGGAAAAAUCUGAAGAUGACAUGCAAGACGUGGAGGAAAAUCCACCUGUUGAUGAUGAGGAUAAUAUCUCUUCUAAAAGACGUAGUGAGAUAGUUGAUAUAAAAAAAUCUCAAAGAAAUGAUUUCCAAAAGGGUAUAAAACAGUCAAUAUCCAUUCAUAAUUCAGAAGAUGAUAGAUUAGAGGCCUCUGCAAAAUCUCAUCGUAGUCAUAAAAAACGUCAAGACAACGACAAUGACAGUGGAUCUUCAUCAAGUUCGAGUUCUUCAUCAGCUGAUGAUUCCUCUACAUAUUCUUCCUCUGAUUCCGACCUUGACAACCGACUUAAAUCAAUACAGAAAAAUGCGAAAAAGGCGGAAGUGUUGCAAAAGCUCUCAGAAACCAUUCAUGCACCUUCACUUUCAUCUGGAAUUAAUAGUGGUAGCAGUUCAAUUGACACUCAACCAGUAAGCUGUGGCAAUAAUUCGAAUUUAAAACGUUUACCUACUGAUUUAUCUGCGUCUGUUAAUUCAGACCCCUCAACAGAUUCACCUGCUGCAAAAAAAUUACGAAAUGACACACCAUCCGGUACAUCAACAAUUUCAACUGACAAUGAAUUAGUAAAUACUGUACGCAAAUACUUAAUGAGAAAGCCUAUAACAGUUAGAGAAUUAUUAAAGAAAAUUCGUCUACGUAAAUUGGUUGGUAAAAAUGAAGAUGCACAAACAGUAUUGGCCAAUGUAUUACGUCAGCUUAGACCUAUCAAACAGACAAUUAAUGGACAACAUGCUUUAUCUUUAAAACAUUAAUUGUCUGAAACAAAGUUCCUAUUUUUUUAAAAAUGCAUGUAUAAACAUUGCUUCUUCUUUUUCUAGUUAUAUUUAUAUAUUUUUAAUAAUGAAAUAUAUAUAUAUAUAUAUAUAUAUAUAUAUAUAUAUAUGUAUAUAUAUAUAUUUGUACACAAGAAAUGUACAUUUAUUUUUUAGUAACUUAUUUGAACAUAUUCAUUGUGUGUUCUUUAAUAAAUAAUUUUCGGAACAA